AUGUCUUUCGACAUUUCACACCUAUGGAAGGCAGUGGCGAUGCAAUGCACAGGGGGUGUCUUGCUGCCUUCCAGGAAUGGAAUGGAAUAUGAAGACUUCGUCCACCAAUGCAUUGUGUUUCAACUGAACUGCGUGCUGUGCCAACGGCUCAUUUUUGCCGUGCCUGUACAUGCAUGUUUCAGGACCAUGGGCAAGGGGCACAUGGCUGACUGUCUAGCCCAGCACAUGGUGUGCAGUUCACUGAGAGGCCAUCGUGGCAUGGUUGUUGUUUGGGCCUUCGAUGGAGUACUAACGCGUCCCCAACCAAAUGCAUUCUGCGCAUAA